UAAAGUACUGAAUCUUUUUUGCAGAUAGCAUGUGAUAAAAAAAACUGGGAAGCAAAAGAGCAGCUAGUGAACAUCAGAAGAGGUGAUGGUAGCUUGAAUCCCCAAAUUACUGAAGAAAUGAAGGAUGCUUCCUACAUGGUACUGAGAAGCUCUAGCAGAAUAAUCGAACUUGAACAGGAAGUGAGUCAAGAAUGUGCAAGAUCAGUCUGUCUGCUGGAACAGAAGCGCAAGGUGGUGUCUUCAAAUAUUGAUGUCCCUCAAGCAAGGAAAUAUGAAGAGAUAGACAUGGAUAAAGUAACAGCUGCAAUGGUACUAACCAGUCUGUCUACAAGUCCCCUGGUUCAGAGUUCUUCAGUUCGACUUACUGAUGUGAAUGGAUCAUGGCAAGAGACGGGGUGUGCACCAUCCAGCCAUGACAGCAGUGGUUACUGGAGCUGGAGUAACACAAGUGACCAUUCCAAUCCAUCAACUCCAUCGCCCCCUUUAUUUGUAGACAACUUCAGACAUUUCCGAUGUACAGCUCAUCCAGACGACAAUGCUGAUGAUACUGAUGCUGACAACUUACUGUUUGAAGAUCCUGUCCCAAGAAAAAGAAAGAACUCCAUGAAAGUGAUGUUCAAAUGUCUGUGGAAAAAGUGUGGGAAAAUUCUAAGCACUGCUGCUGGGAUCAAGAAACACAUUCGGACCAUUCACCUGGGCCGCAGUGGUGAAUCUGAUGACUGUGAUGGUGAAGAAGACUUCUACUAUACAGAGAUUAGACUAAACAAUGACUCUGGCAGCGAGGGAUUGUACAGCCUGUCUCCUGUAUCUCCAACCUAUGCAUCAGCUCCGUCUACAGUACUCCUUCCUAGUGCUGGAAAUUAUGAAGCCAUUUGUACUAAAGCAGAGACCAAGCUACAUGCCCGCCUGAGUAGAUCAGCUCCAAACACCUAUUACUUAGUGAGCUCAGAUCAUGCUUAUCAGGCUACUCCUUCCGUGAACAUUCCAAACUCAAGGCAAAGCAAUGUCAACAACUUCAGUGUUCCUCGACUCCUGCCUCAAACUACUUUUAAUGGCACCUCAGUCCGUCUUCCAUGCAGUACAAAACUUGUGGAACAUACACAACCAGUUCAGACAGUGUUAUCUUCCUCUACCAGAGCUGCUGUAGUAACAAGAAAACCACGCGGUGAAGGCAAGAAAUGUCGUAAAGUUUACGGGAUGGAAAAUCGGGAUAAAUGGUGUACAGCCUGCCGCUGGAAGAAGGCCUGUCAGAGGUUUCCUGACUGACUAGAUAAAGUGAUAAAUUCCACCUGUGUCAGACACUGAUGGAGAGCUCAAGUGCUCAUGCUCUUUGAUCAUGCUCUCUAUGAACAGAUAAAGGAACAUCACCUAGGAAGAAAUAGGUUCACACAAAGGUGAAACAUUGACUAAAACGAAAGGGAUGUUCAAUCCGUGUUUGCAUGAUGAUGUACGAGCUUAAUGCUCACCAGAGUUUUUAAACAUUUCCUACAUGUAUUUGUGAUCGUACACGUGUACAUCAGUGAUCUUAUUGGAUUAAGAACAGAUGCACAACUUUAUACAUAAACAUCAUUAUUGAUUUUCCUGAUUUGGAGAUAACUCCCAGUUAAUAAUAAAUAAUGAUAGGGCAAAAAAACUUUAAAAACAUAAAAAAAAUUAGAUGAGGACCAGGAAGUGUGUAAAGCACAUAAGGGCAUUGUGCGUCAUAAUAUUUUUCCUAAGAAUUAUCUUGUUGCAAUACAGCAACCAAUUGGAUUUAAACAUAAUAUGAAGAAUGAUGGCUGGAAAAGAAACUUUGGAGCCAGAAUGCUGUUGGCCAAUACAGAAAGUUCUUUUUUUAAUUACACCUUGAUAAAUGAAGUCCUUGAUUGUUGUCUAACAUCACACACGAAAGGUGAUAGGAAAAAGGUGGGCACACCAAAGUAUGCUAAAUAAUGCACUCACCACAUCUGGUGGAUAGCAGAGAUUUUAGCCAACACCUUCCUAAUAUGAAGGCAGCCAUACAGAACACAAACAACGUUUUUCUCAUGAUUGAUUUUUAUUCUUCAGUUUUGGCUGGGCCCACUAUUAAAGCGUAACUCCACUUUUGUUGAGAAAAAAAACACUCCCCUCUUUAACAAACUUUGUUGCAGAUUCCUACCUUUUGUUAUGCUGAAGAAAUCACUGUUUGUUCCUCUGUGCCCCUGUUCUGAGUGAGUCAAAUGGGCUGCAGGGCUCUAAUUAAGAAAACAGCUGGGCCUGCAUCCCUUUAGACAUGGUUUCCUAUUGGUGGUUUCUUACCAAAAUUGUUAUUUUUGUUGCAGUGGACGCCUGAUAUCUGACUUGUAACAGUGUAAACUCCUGGGAAAAUCUGUAUGCCAAUCACAUGAGCAGGAAAUUAGGUUUCUGGGGGGUGUCCAGUACACAUUCUGUGUACAGAACACCUCCAGGUAGCCAUAUUUGCAUUGCAUUUUACAGAAAAUUACAG